AUGACUACUCCCGAAAAUGCGUACCAGAAACUCGCCAACGUCUUCUCAUCUCGAGGGAACCAGAUCCUUGAGAUUGAGAUGAUAUCUUCUGCGCUAGAAACCUCUUUUCUUCAAGAUGAGCUUUUCAUUGGAAUCACGAAAAAAAUGCUCGUGGCAGCUUAUACGGUCGCGCGGAAGCUCUUCACUCAGCACCGGUCGAUGACUGAUGAUGAAUUCCAUACGGAUCCCUUUGCAACAAAUACAGAAUCUAGUGUUGCGUUCCGUCGAACAAUCACCGAAAUCAUGCUACUAUUUGACUGUGAACAUCUCAGUGCAUGUAACUGGCGGAAACGUUGGCUUAAGACAGCCGUGACAUACGCGAAGACCCAAGACCAGAUUAUCUCAAUGCGAGAGGUUCUGGAGACUGAAUUGACGCUCUUGACGACAUAUCAGUGCAGCCCUUUACACCGGCAUACGAAAUCACCUACUUUAUGGUCACACCGCUUAUGGGUGUUGAGGCAGAUGUUGUAUAUCCAAGUCUGGAGCAUAGAGGAGCUAAGGAAGCUGGAGCAGACGGAGCUCCAAGGCGUUCUCCGUGCCGCGGAACUACACCCAAAGAAUUAUUAUGCCUUUAGCUACAUGCGGCAACUUCAUACUCUUCUGGCAAAUACACCGGGUGUUGCUGAUCGUACCAAGUGGGCUGCUGAGCUGGCUGGCUCCCUGGUAGACCCAGUGCUAGAGUGGUGCCUUUCCCAUCCGCGGGAUAUAUCAGGCUGUAUCUUUCUGCGAUAUCUGUUGUUUAUUAUUUCCGAUCAGCAGAUCCGGAGAAAUACCGUGGGGAAGGUGAUUGUCUUCGCUCGGGAUAUCGGAUGGGAGGGCGAGAGUUUAUGGACUUUCGUGGACCAAGCGAUUCGCGAAUUCGAUCUUGAGAAUAUCCUCGAUGACCUUCUUCCCUCCAGUGAUCAUGGCAAAUCUGAAUCCGUAUCCGUAUCCCUCACGCUGGGUGAUGACCAGUAUCCCCCUGGUAAAUGGCCAUGGCUGGCUCGGCUGGCCCGGGCAAAAUCAUAUUGGAGUGUAUUUAAGCAAUAA